AUGUCCUCCCUGCUCCUGAUCCUGCCACUGCUGGUGACAACUGUCUGCGCUCAACUGCAAGUCACAACCCCUCCUUCUCCAGUUUCAGCGGAAGUAGGAUCCACUGCCAUCUUGCCGUGUAAGUUUACCUUAGGUGUCACCCCAGUGGACCCUGCGCAGGUACAUGUGGUAUGGAAGAAUGAGGGAAAGAAAGUGCUGUCAUACGUGGAUCAAAUCACAGCAUUCAGACCCGGGGCACAGGUAACAGAAGAGCACCUGGCACAGGGAGAUGCCUCACUGUCUCUCCCUAAUGUCACCCAUGAGGACGCUGGCUGGUACUCCUGUAGCAUCCGACUAGCAAGCAUCUGAACAAGCUACACAGAGUUUAAACUUAAUAAUCAAAGAUUAUCGCUACAUCAAAGUUGAAGGAACAACAGUCAUUCUGAACCAGUCCAACGAGCUAAGUUGUUCAGCAAGUAACCUCUCAUCUCCUGAUGUGACGUUUGAGUGGGUGAGAAAUGGAAAAGUCCUCAGCACCUCCAUCCCCCAGGUGGUGGAAGGCUCAGACAGUGAUGGGUUUAAAGUGCAAAACUCCUUCUGCUUUACUCCUGUCCUGGGGGAUGACAGCGCUCGCUAUGCUUGCCAAAUUAAGCAACAAAACGUCCCUUACCCACUGAAGAAAACAUUCCAACUUACCUUUGGGGUUCGCCCACAAGUCACAUUCUACCUCUCCAGCAAAGAUCAAAAGAAUUCUUCCUUAGUAUGCCUGGUGUCAGGCUUUUACCCUGAUGAUCUGAGCCUUGCAAUGAAAAGAGAUGGACAGCUCCUGGGAUACAAGUUAAAUAAGUGGGUGAAUGGUAACGGCACCUAUUCACUAGAGGCCACCUAUCGGACCAACGUUACUUACAGAGAUAGCAACAUUGAUUACACUUGUACCGUUUAUCACCCUACAGUGCCAGGAGGUGCAACAGAGAGACUCAGAUUCCUUGUUGAUGCUUAUGUACCUAAGGGAAUAUGGAUUGCAGCUAUUAGUGGCCUUUUACUGGCAGUUCUACUUCAAAUUUUCUGCAAACACGUGACAGACAUCUCAGGGUGCAAGGACUGGACUGACGGGAGCAUUGCGGUCCUAAAGUGCAAUAUCUCAGGGCGAUACCCCAGGACCAUAAGUGCAGUAUGGUUAAUCCGGCGAGGUGACAAGGAAAUUGAAGUGAAGGAGAAAGGCUCCCUCUACACAGCAGGCAAUUACAGAGAACUACAAGAACAGGAUUCAUACACGUGCUGGAAUGUUGUGAAGAAAAAGUUUGUUGGUGGACUUCGCCACUCGCUAUGCUCAAUACUCUGCUUCCAGGUGCACAAGGAAAAGCAUGACCAGGCGGAAUUUAUUUGCCGCUUCAUGCGAGCAGGGAAGGUACUGCAGGAGAAGAAAUACUAUGGAACUGUGCUGGAUAAUUACGGGUUCUACUCAGUAUCAGAAGUCUGCAUUCCAGAAGCUUGUAGCGAAGGAGAGAGGUUAACUCUUAACUGUACAAUGAAGGGGAAUGUUCCCCGAGACAUCAGGGUCGCUUGGGAGAAGAGUCUCAAUGAAGAGCGGACAGGCAUCGCAAAGGACCAAGAUAUCAAUUACCAGGUUACUGAGAAUAAGUCACCUGGGCAGAUCUGCUCCUUUCUCACUUUCUGUCCAACCUGUGAGGAUUCUGGAGCCAUAUUUACGUGUUCCUUCACGGAUAAUGAAGGGAGGAUCCUUGGAGAACGAAGCUCGCAGCCUCUGAAAGUAGCCGAACCAAAGAAGAACAGCUGGUGCCGGACUUACCGGGACUGGGGUUUUCGGGCAUUUGAUGAGUCUGUGAUCUCUGAGAUGUGA